GUGCCAGGCCCUCCUAACAUGCUGUUGCUGCUUUGUUCUCAAGGACACUCCACUCACGACAUGGUCUUGUUCACACCUCUUGACCACCGGCUGACUCGAUAUCGUCCAGAAACGGUCACGUAUUCUGCUUCUGAAUUUUAAUUUGAUGGGAGCUGUCAUGUUAUCUCAUCGAUGAUUCCCUCAUUGUGGAUUUGCAUGCGGUGCACUCAACCACAAAUUGACUUGUACACAAUGCGGGGCUUCGUCACGGUAGGUGCUGACAUGAUCUGGGGCCGUGAUGCGAGCACAUUCGGGCACCCCCUCUGCCACUCUCUGUCAAUUGUACAUGUGCACAUUUGCGCUAGGUUCCUUUUUCCCUUUCUCUUUGUAUGUGCACUUCUCAGCGGUCGCAGGUUCUCUGAUUACGUCGAUAUGAUGUUCCUCCCUUUCAUCCUCCUUGCAGCGACCACUUCUUGCUUUGCCGUACCUCACACGCUGCAGAAGCGAGCGGCGCCACUUGGAAUUGACAUCUCGCACUUCCAAGGUGCGGUCAACUUCAACAUCGCAAAGGCGAACGGCAUAUCAUUUGUGUACAUCAAGGCUACGGAAGGAACAACCUUCAUCGACCCACAGUUCAGUACAAACUAUAUCGCUGCGACCAACGCCGGGCUCAUUCGUGGAGCAUAUCACUUUGCCCAUCCUGAUUCGUCUUCCGGCGCAACUCAGGCGAAUUACUUCCUUGCGCACGGGGGCGGAUGGUCGAGUGACGGUAUUACUUUGCCUGGAGCGUUGGAUAUUGAAUAUAAUCCCAAUGGCGCCGAGUGCUAUGGUCUGAGCGCAUCAGCCAUGGUGUCAUGGAUAAGAGACUUCUCAAAUACUUAUCAUUCGGCAACCGAAGCUUUCCCUGUAAUUUACACCACGACCGAUUGGUGGACCACCUGCACCGGUAACAGCGCCGCCUUCGGUUCUACCAAUCCUCUUUGGAUCGCUCGUUAUGCUUCCAGCAUCGGUACCCUCCCUGCGGCAUGGUCAUUCACUACCUUUUGGCAGUACGCGGAUUCAGGCCCCAAUCCUGGAGACCAGGAUCAGUUCAAUGGUGAUAUUACAGGCUUGCAGAGGAUUGCCAGAGGUUCAUAGGUAUGCGAACAAUGUUAGGAGCUUGAUUUGGCGAAGAAAAUAUCACAAAGAGCUCCACCGUGUAUAAUCUAACCUUACCGGUACCAACACUCCUCCCGAGAGUUCUUAUCAAGGGCAAGGUCUGCGUCAGUCCGCGAGACACGGGGGGAAAACUAAAGCGUAUAUUUUAACGAUCUGCAACUACGCAAACAUGAACGGGCGAGGCUGAAGUGUCAUCGUAUUUUGCAGUCCGAGUCGUUCUAUAAGAAGAACGCGGCAGGCACAUCCAGUGACUAUUUCGCUCACCGUUCUUAUGGGCAAAUUUACGGAUUCUUGUAUCCUCGAGGUCUCAUUGCCUUCGUAGUCAUAUGAGUGAUACACAACGGGAAGAAUCUUGCUCAAGUCUAGCUGAUGUUUGUUGACUAAUGAGCGUGCGGUGGAAACGAUACUCGAGUCGCUCGUCCUGAAAUUGUUGGGAUCUGGUCUGGGCAUUUCAAUCGACUCUUCGUGUGAUAGACACGAGUUCCCCGACCGCAAAGCGACAGGCGUCCGUAUAACUCGUUGGCAUUGAGCUUCACUUUGAUCUUAGAGUCCCCAGGAAUAAUGAUGGUGAUUCCAU